GGGGUUUUGACAGCGGGGGCUUGUUGUGCAGCACAAAACAACAAGGGUGAAGGUUUCAAGCGGCGAUGCGGCAACACAAGUGAAGGAGAAGGCGACCAGCUGAAAGACCCCCCCCCCCCCUCCCCGCCGGCUUCACCUCGACCUCCCGGAGUGCGCUACGAAAUUAACGCCCCGCAACCUGAAUAUCGACUGAACUGCGGCUGAAUGUGCCUUAAGUGGCCCCGGGUUUGUUGUUGUUAGCCGCUAAUGCUAACCGGAGAAGUUGUGAGCUAGCUGGCCUAGCAAGCCAAGUGGCAAAGCGAGGAACAAGGACAAUUUGCCAUAAAUGUGUUCGCUCCACUCCGUUGCCGUCCGGGCGUCGUGCAGCUGAUGGAGCCAGCCGACAUCGGCUUCAGUGGUUCAGGAACUGCAGCUCUGGCCGAGCUCCCGGAGUCCCAGUCGUAGUAGUUGGUUUCCUUAGCUUACCCGUUAGCCACCACUGUCCGAGGAAGGAUGAGUAGGAAACACCAUCAUUUAAAAGGGGCCGAGGUCAGCUGCUGCGUGAAAUACGCCUUGUUCGGAUUCAACAUUAUCUUCUGGUUACUAGGAGCUGCAUUCUUGGCCAUAGGCUUGUGGGCAUGGGCGGAGAAGGGCGUGCUGUCCAAUCUGUCAUCCAUCACAGAUCUGGGGGGUUUCGACCCCGUGUGGCUCUUCAUCGUCGUGGGAGGGGUCAUGUUCGUCCUGGGCUUUGCUGGCUGUAUUGGAGCACUCCGUGAGAACACCUCCCUACUUAAAUUUUUUUCUGUGUUCCUGGGUUUGAUCUUCUUCUUGGAGCUGACUGCGGGGAUCCUCGCCUUCGUCUUUAAGGACUGGAUCAAAGACCAGCUCAACUUUUUCAUCAACAAUAAUGUGAAGGCCUACCGCGAUGACAUCGACUUGCAGAAUCUCAUUGACUUUGCCCAGGAAUAUUGGUCAUGCUGUGGAGCUCAUGGGCCCGACGACUGGAACCAGAACAUCUACUUCAACUGCACUGAGCUGAACCCCAGCAGGGAGCGCUGCGGAGUCCCCUUCUCCUGUUGUGUCAAAGACCCUGCGGAGGACGUCAUCAACACGCAGUGUGGUUAUGAUGUUCGGCUUCAACUGGAGCUGGAUCGGCAGAAAUAUAUCUCCACCAAGGGCUGCGUGGGACAGUUUGAGAAGUGGCUUCAGGACAACUUGAUCAUUGUAGCUGGGAUCUUUGUUGGUAUUGCACUUUUACAGAUCUUUGGUAUCUGCCUGGCUCAAAACCUAGUGAGCGAUGUCAAAGCCGUCAAAGCCAACUGGUGACGGGUGAGGUGAGGUGAGGGAGUCCUGCUCCCCAGAGGCCCAAAGCCAGGUCAACACCACACACAUCCAGCUGAGGACAGAGAGCCGUGAGCAUUCAGCCGUGUCCACUUUGCCACAGAGCUGAGCAGAACAUACACACUUCGCGAACAGACACAAAGCGUUUACUCCCCUGUUUGUCGGUGACACUUGAAUGGUGGGACGAGAAAAUAUCCCACGCAAACCAAACCGUCAACACUUUGUUUACCACUCAGCAGGGAUUUCAACCCAAAUAUACAGAGAACAGCCUUGCCUACUUCAGAGUUAUAUUCAGUUUUUUUUUUUGUUUUGUUUUCUUGUUUCCUCUGAUUUUGUUCUUUAGACCAGUGUAUUUAUGGGGCGCAGUUGCACAAGGACUCCUGUCAGAUGGGAGAUUGAAAGCCAUGGAUUUUAAGCGAGAGACAGCAACAAAAACAAAGGAAAAGGGACAACAAGUCUAGUUUUUUUUAGAUAAAGAGUUACUUUGAGCCUCUGUCCCACUCAGUGACAGGUUGAAUAUCUCUUUGUUUUUAAUGUGUGUACCCCACUGCCUGCUGGAGGGGGCGGCGGCCGGCCAGCCGGCCAAAAAACACAUGGAUUAUUUUCCGCACCAUUUCUCUCGAUCAUGACCUUAUAUGACCACUAGACUCUGAACACUGUCUGGUCAAGUCUACAACAUUAAACCAUUUCAGGAGAUUCAAAUUCUAACUCACAAUGUACAAAAAAAAAGUGCCAUUAAGUUCCAAUGAUAUUUUGUGUCCUUUCUGUUCUUUUUAUGAUUCCUUGCAACCCGCCCCACAAUACCUCAGGGUCCGGCCGAAAAAACACAAGACACAAGACAAGACUCAAAGUAUUUGUACAGUUACACAUUUUUUGUUCUUCAGGCUCUCAGCUUCAGCACAUUGGAUUUGAAAUGAAACGAUGGACACUACAAUAGAGAGCCAAGUCUCAGCUUUAAGUGCAGUCGGUUUAUAUCAGUUUAGAAAGAACUCUGUGGGAGAGUUUGCGUGACGUCAAACAAAAUAGAAUUUAAUAUUUCGUGGAAAGUCCUUGGCAGGCGACGACCGUCUGAAGUCUUGGACUCUCAGACCUCAGCAGGCACUUAGUUUCGUCCCUGGGGAUUCUCUCCACUGCCUUUAGGCUGGUCCACUCGCCAGUCGACUGCUGCUCCGUCGGACUGAGAUCAUGCGACUGACUCCGCCUGUCAACUUACUGUAUGUUCACCUCUUCACCUUAAACAGUUCUUUGGUUGCACGUUGAGUAUCUUUGUCCUGUUGUAUAAUGUGGUCCAAUGAGGUUGAACGUGUUUAACGGGAUGCUCCUGUGUCUCCUCAGUCAUCCUGUUGUCUGUCAGCAGUGAAAUCAUUGAUAGAUGCCAGUGAGCCAGUUCCCUUGGCAGCCAGAGCAGAAGCAGCUCCGUGUCUGACGGACGAGGUUGAUGUGUGGUCAUGAGCCAUUCCUCUUUAAUCCACUAUUUCCUCAUUCCGUUAUAAACACAUUUUCCCAUCAAUUCCAAGGACUUUGUUCCAGAAGUCUACUGGUUUCUUUUUGAUGUGUUUUUGUGAACCGCAGCCUGGCGUUUAUAUUUUUGAGGUUGAUACCUUGGUGCUGAAUCCGCUGAGGCGGUGGCCAUGAAGUCUACUCAAGAAAACACAAGUGGCUACUUCCUGGAUAAAAUUCUUGAUGAUGGUUUGAUGUUUUAUCCGUCAAAUUACUAUUGAACCUCGAACUGUGGGGACGAUGCUGCUGCUGAAAUGUUUUGAUCUCCCACGUGGUUCCCUUAACAACGCACACCUUCUGAUUAUUAAAGCUGACACUACAUUAUUCUGUUCCAAACUGAAUGUGCCGAAGCUCAGAGGCUGAAGAGCAAAAGCGACGUGUGACUUGUAUAAAAACUUCAGGCCUCGACUGUAUUGUGCUUUCUGCCACCGGUAAAAGCAGAUCUCUUUUUCUUUUUUCCUUCCAUCCAUGCCUGCUUAAAUUACACUAACUGAACGCAGAAAAAUAUUGAGAGUUCCUUGGAAGUCACCCUGUUUUCCCUGCAGUAACUGUAUUAUCUGUUAAUUUACUGAAGGAAUAUUAGAUUGUAUUAUACGGAUGGCCUGGUGUGGUUAGGAGUGUAGGACUUAGUGACAGAGUUUGUAGUUUAUCUCUGAAGCAUCCCUCAGCACAUGGGAUUGCUGGUUUGGGGCCUUUUUACUUGACUUAAAUAACCACACUUGUCUUACUCUUGUAUUUUGUCCUCUGCAUUAUGAAAACACUUUUUUUCUUAAAGUUGUCCUUUAUUUGUCCUUUAUUUCCUUUCCUUAUUAUAUCCUUGUUUGACUUCAACAGGCACCUGCUUUACGUCCAUCAGUCAACUUCAGAAUAUGUUGUUGUUGUUGAUGUGGUUAGCAGUCCCAAUGGAGACCAAAUAUUAUCAGCUGGCCACAAGCCAACUGCCAACCUUUGUAUCUGGCAACAAUUCAGAUUUUAUUAGGAAUGCCAACGAUAACGAGUUACGUCUCUAUGUGAAGUGUGAAAUGUGAAUUUUUCUUGUGGGAAAUGCCAGUUGAAAUGAGGAAUCAAGCAGCGCUUUUAUCUUUAAUUCAUUGUUGUGUCUUUUGUUUGGACUAUUUUCUUCUUGAAUAGAAUAGUAAACACAUGCUGUUACCUUUUGAUGUUAGCAACGGUGUCAAUAUAACAUGAAUGCUGCUUUAACUUUGACUAGAUAAUUGAUAUGCAGUAACCGAGCUAAUAACGAGUCUCGCCGGAUUUGGCAUGUGAACAAUCUGCCAUGUUGUCAUCUGCAAAUCUUCACAUUAUUUGUUCUUUCUCCAAGUUUACACAUUGUUCUCGGCUUCCGUUUCCCUUUUGUUGUCGUUCUUCAUAUAAAAACCAAACUCCCGGCUCACACUGCACUGAGUUACCCUCAAAGCUCUUCAUCUCAUCCGCCAUGCUCGCAGAAUGUAGGUAGAACUGGGUUCACUCGAUAACUUUAUACAUCUCCAUCAUUAUUAUACAGCGAAGGCAGGCGUUGGGGCGAGAUAUACUCAAACACAAAUACCAUACGUACACAAAGGAAAAAGUGUUUUGAAAGGGAGCGCGCACACGUUGAAAGAUGAGUAACAUUGAUAGUCUGUGAACACUACACCCGAACAUUUCCUGCCCCCACGCGUCCGUCUGCGGGACGUGUAGGAGUUCAUUCAGCACCUUCUGAUCGCCGGCUGCGUGUAGCACGUCACAUGUCACAUGUUGCGUUUCGCUCCCUCUUCAAAACACUACCCGAUCCGACGGCACAUGGUUCAGAGCCCGUCUGUUGGAUGUAUUUUUAAACACGGUGCAUGCAGCAAACUGAGAGGACACGUUUUCCUUUUUUUCUUUUCUUCUUCUUCCUUCAGAUCAAAUGUAGAAACAUUUACAUGAUAAAACGCAACUAGCGGCUCCAGUGAAUCCUCUCCCAAAAUUGCGACAUUUGCCUGACGCAACAUUAUCAUUAUUAUUAUAAUUAUUAUUAUUAUUAUUAUUUCUCUUGUCCAUCAUCCUUUCACUCUAAAUGUGUGUGGGCUUCUUCUAUUCCACUAACUAGUGUUAAUCAGCCCCUCCCACAAGAUCAGGAUGAAACCUGUGGUGCUUUUUUUCUUCUUUUAUUUCAUCCAUGACUUUCUUUUUCUAAUUUUAAUGAAUUAUUUGAUUAGUACGUUUUCCCGUCUUCACUUUUAAGUGAAAAUUAUUUCUCAGGGUCUUAAAACGCCCCCUUCCCCCCAUGAAACAAAACACCCCCGGGGGGUCAUGCAUGCCAGGAGACUCGUUGCUGCAGGUGACGGCACAGAGAGGCCGCUGCCUUCUGAGUGAUGCUGAGGGUUCGGCUGGAGGCAGACGGAGGCCGCGGGCAUCACUUGUGCUUCUGCCACUCUCCGCAGCCACGGCCGUGUCCGGAGGGAUCUGCCAGUAAACAGCAAGUCACCUUGGUAAUGAGGACUAAUGUGCCGUGAAGAUCUCUAGUAGCAGCACGGCAGGACUCGUAAAGGCAGAGACUCCCCGGAGUAUGUCGGGUUCCCCUGCUUUGGCUAGUUCUGGUUUCGUAUUCGUUUUGAACGUGGGGGUGAAGGGGGAGGGAGAGAACAAUGCUAAUUGUGCUUUAUCCUUUAUCAUAACAGCCUUGCAUCAUGAAACAGCAUCUUAAUAUGUUUUCCCGCUGUCCCUCUGGGCAGUUGAAUCAUUCCUGAGGAGAAGCCUUAUGCAUCCCAUGAAUGUGUAAGUCUGCAUCAGCAUGGACCUACUGCUCCACACUCAGUCAAGAAACGACCUUCUUUACCCUUAUGCAGGAGCAAUGCACAAAACAAGUGAAGUAUAGGAAUGUGAAUUCAGAGUUGUCUUAAGUUUUUUCAUUGUUCUGGUUUUUACAUUAUUAUUUUUAUUUUUUUAAGUGGUUUUCGUGAGCAUGAAAGCAAAUGAGCAUUCCAUUUCUCCCAUUUCCAGGCGUGGGUGCAGACCUACGUUUUAUAUGCAAUUGCAAAGCAGCAGUUACACAAAGGUUUGGCUUUUAAUGUCGUUUCAGUAGCUGUGGAUGAUUUCUUAAAUCAUUAAAAAAAUCAUCACUUCUGAAAUUUAAUAAUCCUUUUUUAUAUAUAAAACUUCUUUUUCUACGUAUGCAUUUAUGAAGGACUUUUCCUUUUUUUCAUGUUACACAAAGUGACUGUCUUUGUGACUCUGUGAUCCGUUCUUCGUCUGCUGAUGUCUCGAGACACUUCCGUUGAUAUUUCUCUUGAAGGUGAGCAGCAGCACAUCAGCGCAUUCGCAGACGCCAGGUCACGUCGGAGCACAAAGAAGCAACUUAAUUGAUUUGUUUGUGAGCAUAUUAAGUUUGUCGACAGGUACACAUUGGCUCCCAGUUGAACAAUAUGGAUACAGUAGAUAGUGAUCUCUUAAGACAAUGAUACAUAUUUGUUCAGCUGGGCAACAAAAACAUUUUCUUCUUUUCUUAUUUUAACAAACAUUUUUGUCCUUUCCCAGUUGUGUCUCGAACGCAGCAGAACACAACCAACAAAACCACACUGUCGAUCUCUCCUUUCAGUUCAGACCCGUCCUCUCCUCUCUGACGGGCAGCCUUGUAAAGAAAUGUAAAUGAAAACUGUGGGACAUGGUCUGUUACACUGUAUAUUGUGUUAAAAUAUGCCUCUUUCAUAUAUUAAAGGAUUUACGAUAA